AUGGUUUCUCGAUUCGAUGUUGUUGAACAAGGGCCUCCUAUAGAAGUUUUUCAAUUAAAUAAGUUGUUUUUAGAUGACCCUAAUCAAGUCAAAGUAAAUUUAACCGUCGGAGCGUAUAGAGAUGAGAAUGGGAAACCUUGGGUUUUGCCUGUGGUCAGGUCUAUGGAGCAACAGUUGGCUGCUGAUAAAACACUUUUGCAUGAAUACCUACCAGUGCUAGGUCUGGAGAAAUUCACGACAGCGGCCACAUCCAUGCUGCUCGGUGCAGACAACCCCGUUCUUGCUUCUGGACGUGCAUUUGGAAUACAAACUCUGUCAGGAACCGGAGGUUUACGCAUUGGUGCUGAAUUUCUGAAUAAACAUCUGAAAUACACCACUUUCUACUAUAGCGAGCCUACAUGGGAGAAUCAUCACUUGGUCUUCGUGAACUCCGGUUUUACAAACCCUCGGAAGUAUCGCUACUGGAACCCAAAGACUUGUGCCAUUAACUUCGAUGGACUGAUCGAAGACCUUAAAAGUGCUCCCGAGAACUCUGUAAUCAUCCUCCAUGCUUGUGCUCACAAUCCGACGGGGAUUGACCCCACACAUGAGCAGUGGGAGAAAAUCGCUGAUGUUAUGGAGGAGCGCAAAUUGUUCCCGUUCUUCGACAGCGCGUACCAGGGCUUUGCAUCCGGCGAUCUAGACCGCGACGCGUGGGCGGUGCGCUACUUCGUCCAGCGCGGGUUCGAGCUCGUCUGCGCACAGUCCUUCGCCAAGAACUUUGGACUCUACAACGAGCGGGUGGGUAACCUGACGAUGGUGGUGAAGGACGCGGCCUCGGCGGCCCCGAUCAAGUCUCAGAUGACGUGGGUGGUGCGCGGCAUGUACUCCAACCCGCCCGCGCACGGGGCCCACAUCGUAGCGCAAGUGCUGUCCAACAAAGAGACUUUCGACCAGUGGAGGGGGCAUAUCAAGAUGAUGGCGGAUCGAGUCAAUGACAUGAGACAAGCUUUGAGAGCCGAACUUAUUAAAUUGAACACACCCGGGAACUGGGACCACAUCGUGAACCAAAUCGGCCUAUUCUCAUACACUGGUCUGACACAACAGCAAUGCGAAUACUUGAUGGCAGAGAAACACAUCUACCUGUUGAAGUCGGGCCGUAUCAACGUGUGCGGCCUCAACCUCUCCAACGUGCAGUACGUGGCCCGGGCCAUGAACGAUGCGGUUACGAACUUCCCCACUAAAGACGGCCAGCAGUCGAAAUUAUAA